ACUUAACCCAUCUAUUUCUUCCUAUACAGACUAUGGGACAGAACCAGAGUACACCUCUCUCCCUUCUUCUGGCUAAUUUCAGGGAUGUCCAGACUAGAGGCCAUAACCUAAGCCUGGACAUCUGCCGGCCAAGACUUACCACUUUCUGCCUGUCUGAGUGGCCCACUUUCGGGGUGGGCUGGCCUACCGAGGGCACUUUUUGUUUGCCUAUAAUUGCUAAGGUCAAGGCCAGAACCCUCCUGCCAGGAAAGGAAGGCCACCCAGACCAGGUUCCCUAUAUCCUCGUCUGGCAGGAUCUUGUUGAAAACCCUCCACCCUGGAUGUCCCCCUUCUUCUCCUCAGGGUCCUGUAAGAUUCUCGCGGCCCACUCCAUGGACCCAACCAAGCCCUACCCGCAGCGGCCGCCCCACCAGUCGCCCCGCUGGUUGCCCCCCAAGGGGAACCAGGAGGACGGGAAGCGGCCGCUGCGCCGGGACCAGGGAGGCAAGGGGCAGCAGCCACGCCGAGCCCUAUUGAAAAUUAAACCAACUGCGAAGGGCCAGCCGGCCGAACUCGUGGGCACACCCAGCGUGAGCCAAGCUCUCGCCUCCCCGACUCCACUGUGGCCCUACCCCUGUGGGAAAUAUGACCCCCCUGAUGAAACGGGCAACCCCCAACUCCAGUAUUGGCCCUUCUCUACCAGCGACCUUUAUAAUUGGAAAACCCAAAAUGCUCGGUUUUCUGAUAACCCUAAAGAUCUCAUAGCCCUCCUAGAGAGCAUAAUGUUCACCCACCAGCCUACCUGGGAUGACUGCCAACAGCUUUUGCAAAUCCUGUUCACCACGGUAGAAAGGGAGAGGAUUCAACUUGAAGCGUGGAAGCUGGUUCCCGGGGAAGAUGGUCGACCCACUAUUAACCCUGACCUCAUUAAUGCAUUUCCCCUGACUCGGCCUGAUUGGGACUACAAUGCAGCAGAAGGUAGGGGACGACUGCUCAUUUAUCACCAGACUCUAAUGGCGGGUCUCCGGGCUGCAGCACACAAGCCCACUAAUUUGGCCAAGGUAUACUCGGUAAUACAAGGUAAAACAGAGAGCCCUGCCACCUUUUUAGAAAGAUUAAUGGAAGCCUUUAGGCAGUACACCCCUAUGGACCCCGAGGCCCCUGAAAAUCAGGCCGCAGUUGUGAUGUCUUUUGUAAACCAGGCUGCCUCUGACAUCAAAAAGAAACUCCAAAAAUUAGAGGAUCUAGAAGGAAAACAGAUCCAGGACCUACUCCACAUUGCUCAGCGGGUAUAUAAUAAUCGGGACGCUCCAGAGGAUAAACAGCUCAAAGCCACCAGGGAAAUGACUAAAGUCUUAGCCGCCAUAGUUCAGAAAGAUCAAGGGCCCACAGGAGAACAGAAAACUCGCCCCCCCAGGCGCCCCCUAGACAAAGACCAAUGCGCCUACUGUAAAGAAAAAGGACAUUGGAUUCGUGACUGUCCCAAAAAGAAACAACUGCACUCGGGAUGAGAGCCGUGGCAAACCAAAGUGGCCCCCAUCCUAUUUACCCAGCACUCAGAAUAGGGAAGACGGGGUUCAGACCCCCUCCCCGAGCCCAGGGUAAUCCUACAAGUGGAGGGGACUCCUGUGCAAUUCCUUGUGGACACAGGAGCACAGCAUUCAGUACUCACUAGCCCUCAUGGAAAAAUCUCUGAUAAGUCCUCCUGGGUCCAGGGAGCUACAGGAACUAAAAAAUAUCCUUGGACCACCCAACGAACCGUGGAUCUAGGGACAGGAAGGGUAACCCAUUCCUUUUUGGUUAUUCCGGAUAGUCCCUGCCCCUUGCUGGGAAGAGAUCUCCUCAAGAAAAUGGGAGCUCAAAUUCACUUUCAGCCCGGAGGGCCUAAAGUAACUGACUCCCAGGACCAACCUAUCUAGGUCCUCACCAUACAACUGGAAAAUGAAUAUCGGCUUCACCAAACUCCACCCCUCCCAGAACAGGAUAUUGGCUACUGGCUCCACUGGUGUCCUGAAGCCUGGGCAGAAACCGGGGGAAUGGGGCUAGCAAAACAUCGCCCGGCUCUAUUCAUAGAAGUCAAGCCAGGGGCCGACCCCGUGAGGGUCAAGCAAUACCCCAUGUCAGCAAAGGCCAGGCUGGGCAUCACCCCACACAUCCGCCGUCUCCUUGACGUCGGAAUCCUUAGACCAUGCCAUUCGGCAUGGAAUACCCCUUUGUUGCCUGUGCGCAAACCUAACAGCGGAGAUUACCGGCCAGUGCAAGACCUAAGAGAGGUCAACAAACGGGUUAUGGACAUUCACCCUACCGUGCCCAACCCUUAUACUCUUCUCAGUACCCUCAGCCCAGACAAACAAUGGUACACUGUCCUUGAUUUAAAAGAUGCCUUUUUCAGCCUGCCUUUGGCCCCCAAGAGCCAAGACAUCUUUGCAUUCGAAUGGGCGGACCCGGAAAGAGGCAUAAAUGGACAACUCACCUGGACCCGACUUCCACAAGGAUUUAAAAAUUCCCCCACCCUAUUUGAUGAAGACCUCCACGAAGAUUUAAGUAAGUACCGGAAAUUAAACCCAAAUGUGUCUCUCCUACAAUAUGUAGAUGACCUCCUUAUUGCAGCUGAGACCUGAGAAGCCUGUCUCGUGGGGACGAAAAACCUCCUACAGACGCUGGGGAACCUAGGGUACCACGCAUCCGCUAAGAAGGCCCAAAUCUGCAAACCUGAGGUAAUAUAUCUGGGGUACCUGCUAAAAAAAGGACAAAGAUGGCUUACUGAUGCCCGGAAAGAGACUGUCCUCCGCAUUCCGCGACCCACCACGCCUCGACAGGUGAGAGAAUUCCUGGGGUCUGUGGGAUUCUGCCGGUUAUGGAUCCCGGGUUUUGCUGAAAUGGCCAAACCCCUUUACGCAGUCUCUAAAAACCAACCAUCAUUUGAAUGGUCUGAGGAAGCUGAGCAGGCAUUUCAACAGAUAAAGAGAGCCCUCCUAUCGGCCCCAGCUCUAGGAGUGCCUGAUAUCUCUAAGCCUUUCCACUUAUAUGUGGAUGAACAUAAAGGCAUAGCCAAGGCAGUGCUAACCCAGCAUCUGGGUCCAUGGCUCAGACCAGUGGCCUACCUCUCAAAAAAACUGGACCCUGUAGCCGCAGGAUGGCCCCCUUGUCUCUGGAUAAUAGCGGCUACAGCCCUAAUGGUUAAAGACGCCGAUAAGGUUACUGUCACCACACCCCACGCCAUUGAAGGAGUGCUCAAGCAGCCCCCCGAUAGGUGGAUGAGCAAUGCCCGGAUGGUCCACUAUCAGGGACUCCUGUUAGAUCCCUUGCGGAUCACAUACACCCCUCCCCGAACUCUAAACCCGGCCUCGCUGCUACCUGACCCUGACCUGGACUCCCCACUCCAUGACUGCGCCGACAUCCUAGCUCAGAUCCAUGGAAUAAGGGAAGAUCUACAGGAACGGCCUUUACCAGAUGCUGAGGUCACCUGGUUCACUGAUGGAAGCAGCUUCGUCCAUCAAGGACAGAGGUAUGCAGGGGCAGCAGUGACAUCUGAGACUGAAGUAAUAUGGGCAGAGGCUCUGCCCCCAGGGACUUCUGCCCAAAGGGCAGAACUGAUUGCCUAAAAAGCAUUAAAAAUAGGGCAGGACCACAAAGUGACUGUAUAUACAGACAGCCGGUAUGCCUUUGCCACAGCCCAUAUAAAUGGGGCAAUAUACCAUGAGAGGGGACUACUCACUGCUGAAGGCAAAGAUAUCAAAAAUAGAGAGGAAAUUCUGGCCCUAUUGGUCGCUAUUUGGGCCCCUAAGAAACUGGCCAUAGUACAUUGCCCAGGUCACCAAAAAAUAACUGAUCCAAUCUCUCCAGGAAAUAACCUAGCUGACCAAACUGCACGCCAGGUAGCACAAAAACCCAUCCCAGUAUUACCUGAGCAGCUACCAGACCCAGGGCCCUGAGAUUUACCCCCACAGCCUGAAUACUCAGAAGAUGAUCUUAUCUGGAUAUGCAGGCUCCCAAUGACCCGAGUUACAGAUGGAUGGUGGCGGGACUCCAGAGACCGCCUUAUCCUUCCCGAAAAAUUGGGCCACGCAAUCCUGACAAAAAUACACCACUCUACCCACUUGGGGCCCCGAAGGCUUCAAGAUCUCAUCAGACAAUCCAAACUAGUGUUAAGAAACAUCUCUGACCAGACAGAAAGAGUUGUGACAGCCUGUUCUGCAUGUCGACUCCAGAAUGCGCACCCACACGUCACAGUCCAAGGCCACCGUAAAAGAGGAACCCUACAGGGAGCCCACUGGGAAGUGGACUUCACCGAGGUAAAGCCUGGCAAAUACGGCUAUAAAUACUUACUAGUGUUCGUAGACACCUUUUCAGGAUGGACCGAAGCCUUUCCAACCAAGAAGGAAACGGCGCAGAUUGUAGCCAAAAAGAUCCUAGAAGAAAUCCUGCCCAGGUAUGGUUUUCCAGUAAUGAUAGGGUCAGACAAUGGGCCUGCAUUCGUCUCUAAGGUAAGUCAGGGAUUGGCUUCCGUACGUGGGGCAGAUUGGAAAUUACAUUGUGCCUACUGGCCCCAAAGCUCAGGACAAGUAGAAAGAAUGAAUAGAACAUUAAAAGAGACCCUUACUAAAUUGACUAUGGAGACUGGUGCUAAUUGGGUAGAAUUACUCCCCUAUGCUCUGUACAGGGCUCGCAACUCCCCAUACAAGUUGGGCCUUACACCCUAUGAAAUCAUGUUUGGCAAACCCCCACCUAUCAUACCUAAUCUUAAGUCAAACCUCAUUCAAUUAGACCAAGAUAACAGCCUCUUGUCUUCUCUCAGGGCUCUACAGAGAGUUCAUGAGGCCGUGUGGCCUAAACUAAGAGAACUGUAUGAGACGGGGCCCCCACCCACUCCCCAUCAGUAUCGUCCAGGAGACUGGAUCCUCGUCAAGCGACACUGGCAGGAGAACCUUGAACCUUACCAAAUCAUCCUGACAACUCCCACCGCCAUCAAGGUAGAUAACCUCCCUACCUGGAUUCACCACACCCACAUUAAGCCUGUCGACCCGCUGUCUGACCUCGUGGGACACAUUGAUAGAAAUACUACUUGGACUGUAGACUGGAACAUGUUCCAGAUAGCGACCCUUGUCCUACUAGCCCUCAACCUCAAACUCCUGGAGGGAGGACUAAAUGCCCCCGUUGACAAACAGAGAUUGUUACAAGCUCUGUAUGGAAGGCCCUGUGAUUGCAGAGGUGGCGUAGUUAGCACCAUUGCCCUGCCACAUAGUAAAAGAAUAGUAGCCGGCUCUGUAGGAAGAGGGGGUCUACAGCGAAGCUACACUCAAACCCAAGACUGUGGGACCACAACCGCUUACUUAACCCAGACCUAUGACACCACCGGACUCCAACAACAGCAGUGGUUAUGUGUUAACAAACCCAAACCCCUGCCCCCUAUGACAAAAUGCCCUUGCUCCACUUUCCAAGAGUCGAUGCACAGCUCUUGUUACGACUCCUAUCAACAAUGUAUAGGGCCAGAUAACUCCACCACCUACUUUACGGCCAUCCUACAAAGUAACAGGGCAGCAAUAGCCAGUGAUAACAAUAUGCAACUUCAAGCUGGCUGCUCUGGCUCAAUUGGAGCCGCCAUCUGCUGGAACCCCCGAGCCCCCAUACAUGUGUCUGACGGUGGAGGACCCCAAGACGCUGUUAGACAGAUUGAAAUGCAAACGAGGCUUAAGGACCUCGCAGAACAUAUGUAUCCACAGCUUAAUUACCACCCCCUAGUUCUCCCUAGGCACAGCCCUUACGAGUUAGACCCUCAGACAAUGUCUAUCCUAGAAACCACUUUCUCACUCUUAAACAUCUCUAACCCGACUCUAGCCCAAGAUUGUUGGCUUUGCCUACCCCAGCAAACUCCCCGACCCAUCGCCAUCCCCACUGAAGUUGAUAUCCGCAUAACCAAUGACUGCUUUCCCUCUUCCCUACCUGACCCCUUCCCCGUUCAAUUCAUUAGCCCGUUCAAUGCCUCUUGCUUUAUAAAUAACCUUACCUCCCAGAAUAACAGCAUAGAUGUAGGGAUCAUAUCUCUUGCCCAAUGCCACCAGUACAUCACUAUCAACUCCUCCUUAUGUAGUACCAACACCACCGUUUUCGUCUGUGGAAAUAACCUAGCCUACACCUAUCUUCCCCACAAUUGGACUGGAGUAUGCAUCCUGGCCACUCUGCUACCAGAUAUCGACUUAGUCGCAGGAAAAACCCCCAUGCCCAUCCCUAGUCUGGACUUUGUAGCUGGCAGAUCCAAACGAGCUGUGGCUGUUAUCCCCCUCCUGGUAGGCCUAGGAAUUACAGGUGCAUUAACUACGAGGACAGCAGGAUUAGGAGUCUCCAUACACUCCUAUCUGCGACUCUCUCGUCAACUAAUUGACGAUGUCGAAGCCUUGUCAGGGACAAUCCAGGAUCUGCAAGAUCAGCUAGAUUCCCUAGCAGAAGUGGUGUUACAGAAUAGAAGAGGGUUGGAUCUGCUAACCGCAGAACAAGGUGGCAUCUGCUUAGCCCUACAAGAAAAAUGUUGCUUUUAUGCCAAUAAAUCAGGAAUAGUUCGGACCAAAAUCAAACAGCUCCAAGAGGACCUCGCACGCCGACGAAAAGAACUAGCCGAAAACCCACUGUGCCUACAAAGGUCCACCACCACCAACCUAGCUCUCUGGGCUGUUAGGAGCUUACCACCAGUGUUCCAGCUGGGCCAGUCCCCAUCCUCUGAGGAGGGUAAGAGAAGUGACUCCACUCUGGCCUCGUCGUCCCUCCCCCAAACCGGGGCGCAGCUCUGCCUCAAGGCUGCUCUGGACCUACCUCGUCACAAGGGGUUAAAGAGAACCAGAGGUGGACAUCCUGUUUCCCCAGCGUUGCAGGACGCUUCCCAGGGGCCCACUGGGUCUCGCCUGGGACGGAAUCACUGA